GACCUUCAUCGAUUCACCACUAGCGAGCGAGUGUGACCCGACUCUCCCAGCAGCCGUGCACCGUCAUGGCGGCUCACAUCCGAUCGGUGGUGUCAGGAAAGUGGCUGGCAGAUGCCAUCAAAAACAACCUCGUCGGUCCCCAGCUCCGCAUUCUCGACACUUCCUGGUACCUGCCCAAGCUGAAGCGGGACGCCAAAGCGGAGUUUCUGCAGAAGCACAUACCGGGCACGUCGUUUUUUGACAUCGACGACUGCUCGGACAAAAACUCCGCGUUUGAUCACAUGCUGCCGUCGGCGGGUCACUUCGCGGAGUACGUCGGGGAUCUGGGCAUCGGGAACGACACGCACGUCGUCGUGUACGACACCAGUGACUUCGGGGGGUACAGCGCGCCCCGGGUGUGGUGGAUGUUCCGGCUGUUUGGGCACAACCUGGUGUCGGUGCUGGACGGGGGACUGAAGAACUGGCUGGCCGACGGCUACCCGGUGUCAUCCGAGUACAGCAAGCCGGAGCCGAGAGAGUUCAAGGCGAGCAUCAACCAGUCAUGGGUCAAGACCUUCGAGGAUGUGCUGGAAAACAUCAAGAGCAAGCAGGUCCAGGUGGUGGACGCCAGGUCUGCAGGCCGGUUCAGGGGCACUGAGCCCGAGCCCAGAGACGACACACUGCCUGGUCAUUUCCCUGGUGCCAUCAGCAUGCCAUUCACGUCCUUCAUGGACGCCUCGGGAAAGGAGCUGGGACUGGAAGACCUGUCCAGGCUGUUCCAGGAAGCAGGCGUGGACCUGGAGCGGCCGCUCUGGGCCACCUGCGGCUCCGGUGUCACGGCGUGCCACGUCGUCCUGGCUGCUCAUCUGCUAGGACACCCCGGGGUGUGUGUGUACGACGGCUCCUGGUCAGAAUGGUUCAAAAGAGCCUCUCCUGAUCUCAUCAUCUCAGAGGGCAAAGGGAAGCAGGCGUGAAUGGGACAGGGGAGGCAGACUGCUGCAGACAGGCGUGUCCUGUUAGUAAUGUGUGUGUUACUGAUCAGUGGAGAGGGAGUGAUUAUAACAUAGCUUGAGCGCACUUUACAAAGUGCAUAUAAUCUGACAGUUAAUGGAAAGAUCAGUGUUUUACACCGAAGAUGAUGAUGAUGGUUGUGUGCAGAAGCAGUGAGCUUGGGAUCAAACUUAAUUACAAAGUUUUAAGUUUUUACUCGCCAUAGCACAUACAACUUUAAAGAAAUACUUCACUACACUAUGCAAAUGAUUUAAUUCUUCCCUUAAGAGGAAACUAUAUAGGUUGCAAGGGUUACAUAUCUUAAAAUGCCUUUACAGUUUUGCACAGAACUACUUUUGUGAUAUAACUCAACUGGUCCUUCUUGUAUGUUUAAAAUGCGGUUGCAUAUUAUUGUCAACAUAUGGAAUUAUCUGUCGAGAGAGAUCAAUUGUGAGGAUGUGAAAUCUAAAUCUUGAAAAAGUGCACUUUUUGAUGAGAAUGUUGUUCCUUUUGUUUAAAAUGUCACAAUAAAGAGUCUGUCUUUAAAGUUCAA